AUGCAUUGCAUUUACCUGAACUGUGCUAAAUUAAAAGAUGAUAUCAAGAGAGUGAAACACGAAAUUAUAGAGUACAACUCCAAAAAUAAUUCCGAAUGUAUCCCCAUCAAUAUUUGGGAUGUUAUUAAAUAUCAUGACUCCAUUACGGAAUGUUUGAAGCAGGUUUGCAUAUUGUCAACCAUAUCUGCUUGUACUAGUGUAACCAAAGAAUUGAAAAACGCUGCUUUGGAAAGUUUGGAAUUAUUUCUUCACCUUCCUCUAAAUUCACAUUAUCCAGAACAUGACGUACUUUACGAAGACAUGAUAGUUUUCGAACGAUAUAUUCAUGAACCAGUUCACUUAUCAGCCGGAGGUUUUUUCAUAAUAGACUCCACACUUAUAUUCAAAAUAAUGGGCACAGUAGCAUCGUAUAUCAUCAUUUGUUUGGGAUUCGAUAAAGAUGUACCGCAGCGAGAAUCGAUACCAGCAAUAGAGCAUAUAGAAAAAAAGGAAAAUCGUUUGAAAAUAAUUAGUGCGAUCGUGGACGAAAUGGAACGCUUGAUGAUUAAUAAUCAAGAAGAUUCAAUUGCCAGCGAAUUGUGCUUCCAACAAGAAAUUAGAAAAGUGAAGAGGAUAUUGGAAAAAGAGUGCGAGAUUUUAAAUCAACUUAAACUUACUGAGACUAAUCCUCAUAUGAUACUGGUGAUGUAUUCCAAAAUGUAUCCAUUGAAACAACACAUGCAUCAAGUAAUAAUACUUCUGAGAGGAAUUAAAGCUUUCGGAAAAAUUUACGGAGCUCAAGUACUAGGAAUAUGCGGUACUGUUCUGUUAUUUGUUAGCGACAGCAUGAAAAUCGUCGUAUUCUUGGUCGCUUAUGAUUUAGAAGAUGACAACGAACAAGAUUUCAUUAGCGACGUGUCAAUAUGUAUUUUCAAAUUUUGGAACAGCUGUCAACUUACGAUAUGGUUGAUAAUAAUGAUCCACCCAAGUUACACAGGAUCUAAGGAGCUCAGUAAAUUGUAUACUUGGUAUAGUAAAAUAUUGAUUGAACUACCUCAUGGAAUCAAAGAUUACAAAUUGAAUAUUUACAAAGAAAAUAUAAUCAUUUUACUUAAGGAAUUUGUCCUUCAAAAACCUUAUUUUUCAGCAGCAGAACUAUUUGAAAUUAACUAUGCUUUAUUAAUGUAUCUUUUUACUGGUGUCAUUACUUUCAUUGUAGUAUUUGUACAACUCCGUUGAUGAA